AUGCAAGCGCUACGUCUGCUGGACUUGCCGUCGGACGUCAUUAUUCAUGUUCUCUCCUCUCUGCACGUAAAAGACGUUCUUUGCCUAGAGCGGACGUGCAGACGACUGUAUAAUGUAAUUUCGGCGCGCCACGUUUGGUUGACGUUACUGGAGGAUCUCGACCAGGUCUGUUCACCCGACCUUCCACCACAUACUGAUAUUACCUCCUAUUCUGACUUUCAAGUUCGAAAACUGGUUGUUGAUGCCGUCCGCAUACAUGAACACUGCGCUAAAGGUACGGCCCAGUACUAUCGGGCAGCAAUGAUCGCGCCCAAGAAUCCUGGUAGCGGAGAGUUAGACACUUUCGCAUCUACUUAUUGGCAGAGAAACGUCAAACUUGCCCCUGGAGGACGGUAUCUCUUCGUCAAAUGGUCAAUGGACGUCGUUCAGCUCUACGAUUUGCAGAGAAACAACAAAUUAGUAUGGUCAUAUAGACUUGAACAGGGUCGGGCUUUCCGAGUGUUUUUGCCAUUUGCGUUCGAGAUGUGUCGAGACGGUAGUAUCACUUUGCUACUUAUUGCUUUCAGUGCCAGACGUGAGAAUUGGUGGAUUGGCGCACUCCGAUUAACCCGAUCACCGAAUGAGGAAGAGGAGUUUCGCUCUGAAGUAGUGUAUUCUCAAGAUUAUCAUGUUAACAUUUGCCGUUUGAGAAUUGAAGGUGACUUUGCCGUAGCAGAGGUUAACACUGUAGGCUUCCUAGUAGUUAACUGGAAGGAGGGCUGGCAUAUGUCAUUCGGAAGUGAACACAUUGUAGACUUGAAUUUAUUGCAUGGCAAACUGUUUGUCUGUUCCUGUCAAUUUGAUCCCGAAGACACGUCCGUUAUCAUUACGAUACUCCAUCUAGACCAACUAGCAUCUAUUCGUCAAGGGCUAAGGGGCUCUUCAUGGGUGCAUCUAAAAGACUUAGAUCUUUGCUCGCUUUCGUUCUCAGUCGGCUUUCAUAUUAGCAUUGGCCCGUGUAUGGUUACUUGUCCACAGAAAAGUGGUUGCAAGUCAUACUCGAUAAUGGUUGUUGGUGUUCAAGAAGGUUCUGCACCAAAUCGUUGGGAGAUCACGAGCUACGAGCUCGAAUAUGACCCAGAAUCGGAUUCAACAUGUACAGACCGAGGGCAAAAGCGAUUAACCCUAGUACGACGCGCUGAACCACUCUCAAUCGCCCAAUUCCACCCUGGCUACAUCCUCCCAUUCUUAUCUCGUAAUAAGUGCGGCUUUCUAGCAGAAUACCGUCCACCACGGACAUCCGGAACACCAUCUGAGGUCUACUUUGCUGGUAGGCGAAGUUUGACGAAGUUCGGCACUCGUGAUGAUGGGUCGUUCUUUUCUGCCAAGGUGCCUGAUGAAGUGCAGACUUUGUUUAGAGAGGCAGAGAGGCAGGGGACGUUCUUCGUAGAGCAUUAUAGUGGUGCUUUGGUUCUAUCUACAGACUCUAAGUCAAUAGAGGUUUGGUAUCCCACUUAA